AUGUUUUUCAACAUACUUACGAAGAAAAGCAAAAUAGUUCUUAAUUACGGUGACAUUUCAGACAUUCGUCCAACCAGGGAGCGGCUCUACUCUGCGUAUAUAUGUACUCGCCGCGGCCACCGACCCGCCCCGCCGCGCCGGACUCGCCCGCGCUGCGCGCCGUCUUGGCCGCUGUUUGCGUCGCGCGCCUCCCUCGCGCCCGAGCUGCGCGGCAACGCCGAGCCCGCCUCCAGCCUCGUGGACCCGGCGCCACUACCGCCAUCGUCACGGCCGAGCCUCGUCGAGCAGGUUCCAUCGGGGCCGGGCCUCGCUGAACCGACUCCAUCGCUGCCGUGCCUCGUCGAGCCGGCUCCUUCACCGCCGAGCCUUGUCAAGCUGGCUCUAUCGCUGUUGACCUAUGUCGAGCCUGCUCCAUUGCCACCGAGCCCUGUCGAGCCAGCUCCAUCGCCGCCUCGCCUCCCCUCGCCAAUACCCGCGUCGCCUCGCCUCGGGUCGCGGGCAGCCUCGCCGCCGCGCCCCCCGCGCGCGCCCGGCCGCCGCACCGUGCUGUACUCGGACGAGGUGGGCGCCGGCCUCGGCGUGCUGUUGGCGGAGCGCUUGUCGCAGGGCGUCAUCAACGACUGUCACCCGGGGGCCUCUGUCGAUUGUCUGAUCGAAUGUAUUUCUGCGGGCGAGUUUGACCGCGACUCGACGCUUGUAGUUUUAUUAGGGAAUAGUGUAGACUGUACUAAGCGAGAUAUCUUAAAAUUAUCCGCUACGCUGUCGGCGAUUGACCGGGGGGAGGUUGCUAUAGUAGAUUGUUAA